AUGGCCCCUUUAGUGUGGUACUGCCUCAGCCUAUGUGCUUCCUUGCUUUCAUGCUUUGCACAUGCUGCCACAAUCACAUAUGACUUUAAUAUUACUUGGGUGUUGAAAAAUCCAGAUGGUCAAUUUGACCGGCCAACAAUUGGAAUCAAUGGAAAAUGGCCCCUUCCAGAAAUCAGAUCCAAAGUUGGUGAUCGGGUCAUUAUCAAUACCAACAACCAGCUGGGGAACCAGUCCACCUCCCUUCAUUUCCACGGGCUGUUCAUGAAUGGGACUGGGGAAAUGGAUGGCGCUGUAGGCGUUAAUCAAUGCAGGAUACCCCCUGGCGGUUCUUUCACCUAUAAUUUCACGACGGAGCAGCCAGGUACAUAUUGGUACCAUUCCCAUGGCCAGGGGCAAUAUCCAGAUGGGUUACGAGGCCCCCUUAUAAUUGAGGAUCCAGAGUCUCCGCAUGCUGGAAAAUGGGAUGAAGAGAUUGUCCUCACCCUUUCGGACUGGUAUCACGAGCAAAUGCCCACGUUAAUCAAGCAUUUCAUCAGCUUUGCCAAUCCCACGGGUGCCGAGCCAGUGCCUCAGUCGGCGUUGAUGUCCGAUACCCAAAAUUUGACUAUUGCCGUGAAGCCAAAUACGACAUAUUUCAUCCGGACCAUCAAUGUGGCAGCGCUGGCGGCACUUUAUCUGUGGAUUGAGGGCCAUUCGAUGCGUGUUAUUGAGGUUGACGGAGUUUGGACCGAGGAAUAUGAAACGGACAUGCUCUAUCUUACUGCCGCCCAGCGAUAUGGAGUUCUUGUGACCACAAAGAAUGAGACAACAGACAACUUUGCCAUGGUCGGUAGCAUGGAUACUGACCUCUUCGACAAUAUCCCUGAUGACCUAAAUCCAAACGUGACUUCAUGGCUCGUCUACGACGAUAAAAAGCCACUUCCAGUGCCCAAAACCAUCGACGAAUUCGAACCUCUGGAUGAUUUUCUUCUCAAACCUAGUGACUCAAUGGAACUGUUUGAUCAUGUUGAUCACAGCAUCACUCUUGACCUGAAGAUGGAUAAUUUGGGGGAUGGAGCAAACUAUGCUUGGUUCAACAACAUCACGUAUGUUAGCCCAAAGGUGCCAACAUUAUAUACCGCUCUUGAUGCUCCGAGGGACGUGGCGAUGAACCCAGUGAUAUAUGGUGAAAGCACGAACCCCUUCGUUCUAGAGCACAAUGAAGUGGUCGAGAUCAUCCUUAACAAUAACGAUCCGGGGAAGCAUCCGUUCCAUCUCCACGGACAUAACUUUCAGUUGGUCCACCGCUCUGAAGAAGAAGAAGGACCAUACACUGCGGAACAAAUGGCCGACUUCCCCCGAGUACCCAUGAGGCGGGAUACAGUCCUUGCCAAUCCCAAUGGCAACAUAGUAAUGAGAUUCCGUGCCGACAAUCCUGGGGCCUGGCUGUUCCAUUGCCAUAUCGAGUGGCAUAUGGAUAGCGGGCUGGUAGCUACAAUAGUGGAAGCACCGCUGGCCCUUCAAGACCAACGAAAGGCCGGGAUAAAGGCUUUACCGGCGGGUCACAUCGAUAUCUGCCAGUCGACGCAGACCCCAUACCGUGGUAAUGCGGGAGGUAACACAACCGAUUUCUUGGAUGUAUCUAAUAUGAACGGACCGCCAGCCCCGCCACUACCUGCUGGCUUUACCCCCAAGGGUAUCGUAGCGUUGGUGUUUAGCACCAUCGCUGCAGCAUUGGGCAUAGCGACCAUCGUCUGGUAUGGGCUGGGCGAGAUUAAAACGCCAGGGCCCAAUGGAGUCGGAGUGUCUAGAGUGCUGCAGUGA